GCUGCCGCUCCUCCCGGUGUUUUCCGGGGUCAAGCGUCCCUGCCCGCGCCGGCCGCGGCUCGGGCCCGCCUGCGCGGAAAGCCGGGAGGAUGGGCGGCGAGGCGAGCGUCGAGCUUGCAGCCGCCUUUAACACGUCUCGCUGCCACGCGUGGCCUCACUCCGCAGGCUGCAGGACCGCCGUGUCUGCGGGACGGCUGGAGAACCGGCGCUGAAAAAGCCGUACAGGAGCUCAUCCCCGGACUGGGAAGAGGGUCCUGCUUAGCCUUCAUCUUUCACGGAGGAUGCGGAAGGCACGGCCAUGGAAAAGAAACCACAUUUCGUUAGGAGGGAGUUUCUUCCCAGAGAGRUGCCAUCCAUCUCGCUGGCGUUGCUGCUUGCGGCCGUCCUGCUCCUCAAUGUCCUUCUCUACCUGUAUCUCAACAAGUUUUCCAACUCUCUGGGACGUGUCGAUACGGAUCCCGGUCUCUGCCCGUUUGGGCACUUCAGAUUGGGAGCAGUGAAGAAUUGUACCCCGUGGCUUUCCUGCGAGGCCAUAAAUAGGGAAGUCAGGAAACUYAAGUGUGUUGGUGAAGGUGCUGUGAAAAAGGUCUUCCUUUCUGAGUGGAAGGAGAAGAAAGUGGUCCUUUCACAGCUCACCAACUCAGAGCUGAAGGAGGACUUUCUCCAUGGACUGAAGAUGCUGAAAGCACUUCAGAGCAAGCACGUUGUCCGGCUGCUUGGCUACUGUGAGCAGGAGUUCACAAUCCUCACUGAGUACCAUCCUUUUGGCUCACUGAGAGGCCUGAAUGAAACUCUGCACAUUCCCAAAUACAAGGGCAUGAACACGUGGCAUCGCAGGCUGAUGCUCGCCAUAGACUAUGUGAGCGUCAUUCGGUACCUGCACAGCAGCCCUCUGGGCACCUUAGUGAUGUGCGACUCGAAUGACCUGGACAAGGUUCUCUCUCAGUAUCUCCUGACAAGUGACUUUCACGUUCUGGUGAAUGAUUUGGAUGCUCUGCCUSUCGUGAACAGGAGCGCUGGCAUGCUGGUGAAGUGCGGUCACCGGGAGCUCCGGGGUGAGUUUGUAGCUCCUGAGCAGCGUUGGCCCUACGGAGAAGACGUGCCAUUCGAAGAUGACCUCAUGCCUCCYUAUGAUGAGAAAACAGACAUCUGGAAAAUCCCUGAUGUCUCCGAUUUUUUCUUGGGCCAUGUUGAAGGAAGUGACAUUGUGCGACUGCAUUUGUUUGACAUCCAUGCAGCAUGUAAGAGGAAGGACCCAGCAGAACGACCUUCUGCCCAAGAAGUCUUAGACACCUACAGGAAAGUUUUAACUCUGCUUAUUCGGGAGGCGGCCAUGCCUGGUGCUAGAGAAAUGUUAUAGUGAAUUGUGAGGCAAACAACAUACUGGAGUUGAUGUUCUUCCUAUAUAUGUAGCUUUCCUGAAGGACAAAAUCUCUGUCCCCAGAACUGAAAAGAACAACUGAACUUGUACUUCUUGACUGAGAAAAAAACAUCCCCCCAAUCCUAGAGCUGUGCAAGCUUUCCAUUGGCAUGUUUAAUGUACCAUUGGAAGAGGAGGAGGGAGAAAAAGAAGUUUUGUGGGUGCAGGGGAAAUUAGUUCCUUAAGAAAUGAUCAAUUUUCUUUUGCAACAUUCCACAAGAAAAUCUUAAAAAUUACAGAAAAACAGCUAAAAAAAUUGGUCUACUUUAAUUUGUUGGCAGAGAACUAGAGAGCAGAGACCAUGGCAAGCCCCCCACAAGCUGCGUGCUGAUUCCUGUGGCUUUGGCGCAUAUUGUAUCCACAAAGCCCUCAUCUACUUUCCCAUGGAAUAAAAGCAGUGGUCACUCAGAAAGAAGUAAUCCAGUUCACUUCAGAUUUUKGUGAGCUCCAGUGCCAGAGCUCCAGUGGAAGUCUCUCCCUGCUGCAUUGGGCACGGGUUGUUUUUGGAGCUGUACAGCCAUUGUUCUGCGGGCCCUGUAUCCCACACCAUCAAACAUGUGGCCACUUUUGGAAGCAAGAAGGUGAUGCAGAUCCUGAAGAGUCAGCUUACAGGCACCCAUUCUUGGUUUUCAAGACUUUGUCCUGUGGUAUUCUCAGAUGGGUUUUUUAGAGAUGAAGCUGUAGUCUCUUUGCUCUUCUGUAAUCCACAGAAAUGACUUGGUGGAAAAGAGGAGAACAAAGAGCUGAAAGAGAAUGCGACUUCCACAGCAGUGAGCAUUAAACACAAGCUUUGGAAAAGAAAAUUUCUGUAUUCAGAGCAUACAACUCUAUUGGGUCUGAAUUCAAAGUCCACUAAGCAUAAAGGAAGGCUGCUAAACAGUUUCAGUGUGUUGGGAAAAAGCUUGUGGUACCUGCAGGGGUGUAACAGCCUGGUACCAACAGCUGGAGAGAAAGAAUAAUGAUGCCUUAAUCCCGCAGUAGGCUCACAUUGAUGGGACUGGGAUCUGGGAUGUAGUUGUUCCCUUGGUGAAAAAACAGGAAUAAUAUGAAUGAGAAACAUGGACUCUGCCAUUGUCCGCCUGAGGGCUUUCUGUGCUCUGGACUAAAUCUCUGAAAGACUUAAGAGACAACUUUCAUGUUUUGAUUUGAGAGGUGGUUUGUAAGCAGAAAAAUACAUUGUCCUUUUUGCUGAAGAGUUUGGUUCUGUUCUUUUCUGUGCUGCUAUUCCUCUUCACCUAACCAAGCCAUGUUAUGACUGCCCUGAGAACAUGCAGUCAGUUCAUGURUAUAUGUUUAAAUCCUGGGAUCAGAAUUUUAUUAUAAAUGGGAAAUCUUUCCUGCAAAUUAGUAAAUUCAUAUCUGAUACUAUACAAUGGCACCAGGAGCCCUUUAAAAGCUGCUGAUUAUGCCUUUCCUUCCCCUCUGGGCAGUCUGUUUUCUUAAAUUUGAUGAAUUCUGCCAUUUUUCACUUGUCAGUCCUUCCUUGCAGCUUUCCUGCUCAGGUUGUCAGGAGGCAAAGCCCAGAAGUCAGGGUCUCCAAAAGAAAGCAGUGAUUUUGGAUGCUUCAGGUUUGUUUUGGACUUUGACUUGAAACACCUAAAAGAAGCCUGGGGAAAAGGAAUGCUCUGUUUUAAGUGCGUCAUCCAGCCCAUGAACUCUUGACUUGUUAUUGUUAGGGUUAGAGUUCUCCAGUUCCAGCAUGAAUACAGGACGUGCAACAGUUGGAAAAGUCUCCUGUUACAGCUCCUUGAAGCCAGGGAUCGGGAUCGGGCUUUAAAGGGCCAACAGUCAAAUCUUUUGCACAUCUUUUGCAUGUUCCCCCCACAGUAACUCRUUACCUUUCAUUAGCCAUCAUGUAUACUUGAAAGGAAAAUCAGCAUCUGAUGACUGUGAAUAACCAUCCCAUGAGGGGUUUUUGUGAGUGUAGCAAGGACAGACAAGAAGAACCUGACAACYAUCUUGUGCUGGUCUCCUGGGUUAACACGAGCUUCUGCUGGGGUUCUUGCUCUGUUGUGUACUGUUGCAGCUUGCAAAUAGCCAUACUAAUUUCACAGAGUGGAAAAAGUGAGGAAAAAUUCUGGUUUUGCAUAAUUACCUUGCCAUGGAGAUGACUCUCUCUGUUCCUGGAUGAAACAGUUGCAAAUUUUUUUAGGAAAAGACAUGUCCCUAAACAUUCACUCUGAGCAAUGGGUUCUCCACAUCUCUUCCCCAUGCCCUCUCCAGCUUGUGUGUUGUCCAGCGUUGUAUUUCAGCAGGAAUAAAUCAG